AUUUUUAUUGCUCUUGAGUGUAUUUCAAUAAUGUAGGUACAGUAUGAACGAGGAAUAGUUCUUUAUACUAGUUUGUUUAGAAUAUAGUAUCACUGACAAGUGUGUGCAAACACGCUAACUCACAAAUUUUCUUGAUCUUUAUGUGUCAGCAUCAGCCUUUUAAUGUCCCCACUGCUGGGGCACAGACCUUACCACAGCCCAGAGUUUCCCUAUGGAUGGUAUAGAAAGAUUGGACUUUUACCCACAACCGGGCCCAGUGCGGAUUGGUGGGUGCUAACGACUGCAGUUGCAGCCGGGACCAACGGCUUAGCGUGCUUUCCAAAGCACGGAGGAACUCUAGUAAGUAUGAAUAAUUUUGGUCACCCAUCUAAUAAUCGACCACUGCGAAAGUUGCUUAAUUUCCACGAUCCAUGCUAUAAGCUAGCUUCACACUAUAAAUAACUUAGACCGAUAAACAUAAUAGACAAUUUUAAAGCAGCGCCAUCUAUGAGAUUUAAAAAUAUAAUAAUAGUUGUUUUUAAAAGUCAUAGAUGUACUAAAAAUGUAUCUUUAGAAAUAAACCCCCUUUUGGGGUGAAAAAGUAUGUGCAGAUAACUUACUCCACGCAUACGAAGUCGCAGGCGGCCGCUAGUUACAUAAAUAUAUGCUCAUCAAAAAAAUAACAUGUUAUACGGUUAUGAAUGAACUGUUGAACGGAUUUUACUAUUGCAAUUUAUUUAUACUAUACUACUAUAAACACUAUAGAAAAUAUAUUAUAUUACUUGUAUACAUAAGAAUUAAUGAAAAACGUAUCGUUUGACAAAUGAAAAUUUGAGAACCGUUAAUCGUGUUCAAUGUUGGAUAAAAAACAGAUGCAAUACAUAUAGCGACAUACUUAAUAAGCUCGGAAGGUCUUUUAAAGAUUUUAAUAUUUUUUGGACUUUCAAGCUAAUGAUAUAGAAUUGAAAAUUAGAAGGUUGCUUCACUCAAAGAAAAUUAUUGUCUCAUCAAUGAAGUAAAUGCUUGGGCACAUUUCUAGAACGAGACACACCUCCAAUUCAGCUUUGCUCUUCGGAACGAUUUUGGGGGUCGCAUAAGCAUUCCAGUUAGUAUAUAAGUUCCUUGGUGUCGGACUAUUUAAUCGUCUUCUAAAACAGAUUAAAAAACUGGAAACUUGAGUGCAUUUUAGAAUGCGUUUUGUUAUUUUAUGAACUGAAACUAACAUUUUCCGACUCAUCUUUUGCCUAAACUAUGGUAAUAUGAUAGAAAUAUCGUAAUACUUAUGUAAUGUUUGAUGGGUUUGAAUCAUCUGAGAACGCUUUCGAAACUAGAAUAGUUUUAUAAAUCCUAUGGUAUAAAGACUGAACGUUUUUUUGCGGUAGUGUGCGCUUUUUUUUUAACUUUGCGCGACUAUUCUGCCUUACGGUUUUUUGCAGCAGGUCACCACUGCUUUUUAUUUUAAGUCUAGCAACACUAUGUAAUGUAAAUCGUAAAAAGAAAAUGGCGUCCGAGUCAAGCGUCUCGAACUCCAUGUAUUGUUUUACGAUUUUGCCGUCGUUACUUUUGUUAAAAUGCAAUAUUUGUGUGAACUGCGAUUUAUUAAAGUGAAUCAUAAAAGGAAUUUUACAAGAGUGCUAAUUGUACUUUCUAAAUUAUGUAAGAAGAAAGACGCAAAUCUUGGUUCUCUUCAUCAAUGAUUUCAGCAGCAAUACAAAUGAAUAAAAAUGGGAGACUCGUAUUUGUUGUUCUUUCUUGUGAUUGUUAUAGUAAGAGCAUCUAUCGAUAAUGAAAGCUUUGAAUGCCCUCAAAAAUGCGUUUGUUUGCAGAAAUACGUUGAUUGUUCAAGAAAGAAUCUCGUAUCUGUGCCAAAAAUUCCUCAGUGGGUGGAACAAUUAGAUCUCAGUAACAAUCGAUUGAGAGAAAAUGUUACUGGUGGUUUCAGUAAAUUAACUAAUUUAAAGAAACUGAAGCUGGACAAAAAUGUGUUAAACAAUAUACCAAUUAUUCUAAAACUCAAACAAAUACAGGAACUGAGCCUUUAUAGAAAUAGUAUUAGCUCGAUAAAAGCGGGAUGUUUUCCAGCAAACAGUUCGAUCAAAGCUCUGAAUUUGAACAGCAAUCACAUUAAAAUAAUAGAAGAUGGAGCUCUGAAUAACUUGUCCAACUUAGAAGUUUUAAAAUUGAAUAGAAAUGAAAUUGAAUCCCUGCCCAAUCAUUUAUUUAUAAAUCAAUCUAAUCUAAAGACAUUGGAACUUAAUCAUAACAAAUUACAUAUUAUCUAUGGCCUGCUAUUUCAAGGAUUAUCGAAUUUGACCACAUUGAAACUUAAAUACAAUAAUAUAGAUGAUAUUAUGGAUGGUGCCUUUUUUGGAUUUAAGUCUGUUAAUUUACUACAGUUGGAUCAUAAUAGAAUAAGAAGUAUUUCCAAAGGGUGGAUGUAUGGACUUGAAUCUUUAACAACUUUAUCAAUGUCAAAUAAUUUGAUCAAAGAAAUAGAUCCUGGCAGUUGGGAGCUAUGUGCAAAUUUGAAAUUGUUAAAUUUAUCGCACAACUAUUUAAUGGAAAUAGAAGGCCGUGCAUUUCAGCAUUUGAAAAACUUGGAAAUCCUUAAUUUGAGCUAUAAUAACAUUUCUUCAAUUUCUCAAGAAGCAUUUAGUCAUAUGACACAACUAAAAUCAUUGCUUUUGAAUAAUAACAAAAUAUCUUGGACUGUAGAAGAUAUGUCAGGACCAUUUUCUAAAUUGCAUAACUUAAUGGUAUUUAGUUUAGCAGCCAAUCACAUUAAAUCUAUAAACUCAAGAGCUUUUGAAGGUUUAUCUAAUCUCAUAGAAUUGGAUCUGACGGGCAACAACAUUACUUCAAUUCAGCAACAUGCAUUUGGUUCAGUGUCUAAGUUGAAGAAACUGCAUAUGAACUCAUCGUCAUUAUUAUGUGAUUGUAAUAUCAUUUGGAUUGUAAAAUGGAUAAAAGACAAAAUUGAACAUAAAUAUAUUACUGCUACCUGUGCUUACCCAGCUGAAGUAAGGGGCCAAUCAAUAACAAAACUUAGAGAAGAAAAUUGUGGUGAUUCGCCUAAACCUAAGGUUGUGGAACAUCCUAAAACUCAUCUUGCCAUAAAAGGUAGACCUGCAAAUUUAAUUUGUUCUGCAACAUCUAAUCCCUUCAGUAAUAUGACCUUUCUGUGGAGGAAAAAUAAUGGAAACAUCAGUAAUCCCACAGUAUAUGAGAAUGUGUCAUUAGCAACUAGUGGUCCAUCUCGAGCUACAUCUGUCUUAGUCAUACCUAAUGUUACUCAUGCUGAUUCAGGAAAAUACCAGUGUAUAGUGAGCAACAACUUUGGCACCACCUAUUCAUCUAAAGCUAAAGUAAAUAUUGUCACCUUCCCUAAAUUUAUUAAAACACCUACUAAUGUGACAGUAAAGACAGGAGAGACUGUAACUUUGAACUGUGCAGCUACAGGGGAUCCAACACCUGAAAUUUCUUGGAAGAAAGACGGGGGCAAUGACUUCCCAGCAGCUAGAGAAAGAAGAAUGAAUGUGAUGCCAGCUGAUCAUCUUUUCUUUAUUGUAAAUGCUAAGACAACUGACAUGGGUAUUUACAGUUGUGCUGCUAAAAAUCCUGCAGGGACAAUAAUAGCAAAUGCUACAUUAACAGUAUUGCAGGAACCAUCAUUUGUGAGGGUGAUGGAAAAUAAAGAAGUGAUUACUGGAGAUUCUGUUGUUUUACAGUGUAUGAUAUCAGGUUCCCCUAAGCCAGUAAUAAAGUGGUUAAAAGAUGGUACUCCAAUAAGCCACACGGAAAGGCACUUCUUAACAGCUGAAGAUCAGUUGUUGGUCAUAAUCGGUGCAGAAGCCAGUGAUGCAGGUCGUUAUGAAUGUGAGAUUACAAAUGACUUGGGGACAAAGAAAGAUAUGACCGAACUACAGGUCUUGCCCCCUGUAGCAAUUUUGGUAAAUGAAGAAGAUAUGACUGGUAUAAUUAUAAUAACAGUAGUUUGUUGUGCUGUUGGGACUUCCAUAAUUUGGGUAGUGAUAAUAUAUCAUACUCGUAGGCGUAUGGCUGGUACUGUGCGUAACUAUCCCACCGAAAGUAUGAAAAUGACACAAGUGAUACAUAGUGAUAGUGAGUCGCCUCAAAUGUUCCCAGACAAUAUAUCAGAACAUUCAUCUUGCAAAGAUAGUGGAACUGGUGAUUCUGCUAAGCAGAAUAGUUUUGAUGGUGUACCUGUAGAGAGAAAUGAUCAGGUUCAUUUUGAAACUGCUGUGUGUCGCAGUUAUUCUCCUGUGCCAGAAGCACAUAAACUGCUACCUUCUUCAUUUAAACCGUCUAUUCAAGUUUGUGUAAAUACCUCUGUAACCCCAGCUACUUACAGUUUUUCUAGUCACAGCGAUAAUGUUUAGAAUGAAAACUAAAUAUAUGAUUAUUCUAGAGUAAUUUAUUUAUAAUUACAUUACUGUGCAUUUUCACUUAAUACAUCUGUAACAUAUUUUUAUUUAUUUGUGAAUAGAUGGUCUAAUGAAGGCAGGCUAACUAGGCAGGUUCUGGUACUGUUUCAAUGUGCCUAGGCAUUUUAAAAACUUUUAUUUUAAUAUUUUAUACCAAUGUAUUUAGUGAAAAAGCAUUGUUAUUAGGCAUCUAUGAACUUGUUUGCUCUAGUACAAAGUGUAACUAACUUGCCAGUAUUGGUUUUGAUAUAAAAGACUGAAUGUCAUUUAAGUAUAAUAUUGUUAAUUUUCAUAGAAAUAAAUAUUUAAUUAAAUAGCAGGCAAACCUAUGCAAUAGGAGAUAAUUUGUAAAUACAAUUUUAAGUUAUAUCUCUUGAUACAUAUUUCAAAAACAGCUGUAUUUAGUAAACAUGUAUUUGUUAUUUUUUUUUGCAUGAAGGUCUAAUUUUGCUACUAUUUAUGUUAUCUACUCUGUGCACCCAAGUUAUUAUAAAGUUAACAAUCUUUAUUAUUUUCCUAAAAGCUUGGAUAGUAAUAUUUAAAAAUUCACAUAAUUAAUUAUAUAUAUUUGUUCUUUAUCAUUAACAUUGUAGUACAUAUUUUUAGGUAAUCAAGUAAAGAGAACAAGAUGUAAAACAUUGUUUAUUGCCUGCCAUCAAUCUAAAAGUGACUUUGUGUACUACAAUUUUAUUUAUGAAAGGUUUUAUUUAACAAAGUAACAGUUGUCAUAGUCCACACACAAAGGAACACAGAAACCAUCCAAAAUAUGGAGAAAUGUAAAUUUUGUAGUUUUAAAAUUAAAAUAAGAUUCUAAGAUAGAUUAAAGGUAUAGAUAACUAGAUUACCUAUCAAAAACAUUUAUACUCAAUAUCUUUGCUGAGCCAUUCACAAACUCUUCAUAAUCAUUACACGCUUGGCCAGUGCACAUUGGGUGACGGCAGGGUAGGAUUUGAUUUAACAUAUAGAUGAAAAAGAUCAGACCUUUACUUAAUGUUGAAAGAUAUUAUGUAUUGGGUCUUUAAUAUUGUUGAUCAGUAUAUUUAAAAUACCCUGCUGCUCGUGACAGUCCGCCGUUUUGUGUGGGCCUAAUUUUGUCAUUUAUAAAAACAACUUGACAUUUUACAAAAAUAUUAUCAGGCUCUCUUAAAAUUGUUUUGUGACCAAUGUUAUAAAAUUAUAUUCAACGCUGUUCAAAAUACACUAAGUACGUCAAAAAAAUGGCAUCGCUUGAAAAAUCCACUUCAAAGUAAUAAUUUUUACUUGAAAGUUACGAACAGGAACCGCCACUGUAUUCUUCCGUCUUCCGGAUGCAAGCUUGGCCAAAACGUUCCCCAGCCUUCUAUAUAGAUACUCUUCGUAAAAAAGGCACACUUUGUCUCAUCUGAAAGGAGAACAGCAGUCCAUUGAUAAAGAGUAAAUUUUGAACCUGUAGCAGCUCUACGAGCUUUUCUCCUCCAGUCUUCGUCUAAUUGUAGAAGCGGUCACGGUUGUUCUGUGAGCUACCUAGAGCUGCUAGUGCAAGUUAACAGCAUUAUAGAGAACCGAUUUCCCAGACGUCGAUACAAUGUAUUGGUCGUCUCUUGUCAAGGUGCAGCGACGUCUUGACGACGACAUCGGUGCAGGUCUGCUGGAACCACUGGAAUACUCUUCGAACCAAAAUACGGUUCAGUUCAGUUGCCAAGCAACAUCACACUGCCACAUCUCCGAUUGCAGUAGUGCAAUAACUUGGGCAGCUUCAUCAGAAGUGGCUUACAUCUUCAAUGUGGUUUUUCUUGUGAACGAUCAUCAGGUUGACGGUUCGAUACCCAAUUAUACAUGUACCUUUUUAUACUCACAAUAGGUAGCGCACUAGGAACUCUUUUGGAAGCAUACAUUUUUAUUCCUCUUUAAAUCAUAUUUGGUGGUAGUGGUAAGUUUAUCUGUUAAUAAAAUAAACCUAAUAUUUAUUGAAAUUCUUUAAUAGGAUUUCAAAUGAUACCACUAAUAUUACGCUUGGGAGUGAUUUACGCGGAGGUGUGAUUUUUUGACGCCGAGUUGGGAAAUAGGUUUUACUCACGAAGUUUUCAAAUGUUACUUACCAUGUUAAUAUAUUCUUUAAGAAUACGACACUGAAUGUGUGAGUUGUAGUAGCAUUGAGGCCUUAAAGUAAUGGCCUACCAUGAACCCUUAACGUGAUUCAAAAUAUUAAUAUUGCAGUGAACCUAAAAAAGCAAGCUUAAUGGCACUUUAUGCUAGCACUUUACUUGAUUGUAAAUGUGAUAGCAGUUGAUUGCAGUUAUUGAAUAGUAUUAAUCCUUAUCAUGCUCUAAGGAAUGAGAAGGACAGAAAUCUGUCAAAUUUACAAAAUAAAAACGAAAAGCCACUUGAAGUGCCAGCAUCAAGUACAGUAACCAGCCGCCCCAUUAAGGGUUGUGGUACGGCUCCAGAAAUGCAUUUUAUGAGUACGUAUAAGUACAGUCAGCUUUAUAAAAAUAUGAGGUAAUAAGGUGGUCAAAUACAUGUUAAAUGCAAAGGUUCAAUUAUAUCUUUGCAUUUAAAGUCAUCUAAAUAUUGUGGAGAUGUGCCCAAUUGAGUAGGUUAACGUUUGAACGUGCAACUAACUUGCACGAAAUGAAAACAUAAGAACCAUAAUACUUCAGAUUAGCGUUUACUUUCUUUAUUACCAAGAUAUUUUUGUGUGCUUAGAUAACCAUUGAACAGUUAUUCGCGAAUAUAUAAUUUGAUUUUCUUUUACACAUAAAAUAAAUAUGAAUUAUGUUGCCUCGAUAAUAUUGACCACUCUGGCCUGCUACAACAAUAUGAUUAUGUAGCAGCGCAUAUAAAAUUGAAUUUAUGUAUCUUCGAUAAUUUUGAUCAGUCUUCACACUUCGAUUUUUAUGAAGCUGACCAUUUGGAGUAGGGAUAUAGAUUUAUUAUUAUACUAGACUGUCUAUAUUCCAAUAGUCAAUAUGCAAGUGCACUAUCUGUUAACUAGCGUUUUAAGUAUAUUAACAUGUAAUUGGAAAAAGUGAGCUUCGAUUUUUCAAAGACAUAACCUACCUUUGUUUGUACCUAUUUGUAAGAACAUUUAACAGAAGUUGUCCUAUGUAACUUUUAUAAGAUACCUACUGUUGAAUCAUUAAAUCUACUGUCUUUUUUUAAGUUGAGAAGGAAACCCAAUAGUGUAACUCAAAAGACUUUUCCUUAAUAAUGUAUUACUUUGCACUUAUUCUUGUAAACAGCACAAAUACAACACAAAAUAGGACCGUAUUAAUUUAUAUUAUAAUUUAAAUUAAAUUUCACAUUUCUUUUUAGCAGCUGUCUUAGAGUGUGAUUCGAUUACUACCUAAAGUGUAUUAACUUUUAUAAAUAGUAGCUUUAAGAUAACCAAUUGCCAGAUUCCUAAAUAUCUAACCCACAAAUUUAACAAUAAUACUUUAGCCAAAUUGAAUAUCUACACCAUUCUAUGAAAAUCACCUCUGUUCCCAGUAGUCACGCCAAGUAGUUUUCUUUAGUACGUACCUACUCACAAAUAAUUUUUUUUUCCAAAAGGUUUAGCGGUAGUAUAUGAGACUUUCCACUGUUCGCAAAAUUUACCGAUCGACAAUGCAUAGUUUACUUACAUCAUGCGUUUUAUUAUUAAUUAAUUAGUAAUUAAGUACAUUCAAUUAUGCGAUGUAGAGCUCAGCACCGUAUUACUCCUCCAUUACCAUAAGUCUCAUUACCGAUGAUCGUGCAAUAGUAAAACUUCAUACCGGUGUCUUUUUAAAUUUAGCUAUUCCCAUUUUACUUUCUGUUCUUACUCCGUUGGAAGAAAAAUUUAAGCAGUAGGUACCUGCUACUGUUAAAAAAAGUUUAAAACUACUCGGGAAUACUACUGGGAGCAAGGAAUAUAAUAUAAAGCUUUUCACAAAGUUAUAGCAAUUACCCUACAACUACGACCAAUAUGUCUUGUAUUUAUUUUUUAAUAUACAAAAGGGUUUGCAAAGCGUUAGCUAUAUCUACUAAUAUUUACGAUUUGACAUUGUUUACAUAAUGUAUAUAGUGUUAAGAUAAGUAUUUAUACUUACUUUUUAGAAUAAAUUUAUCCAAACAAUAUUCACUGUUUUAAUUUUUAAACCAGACAAAUAUUGUGUUAAUGUUGAUGUGUUAAACUUAUUACACAAAACCUUGUAUUUUCCUUCGAAGUAUUAUGAACUACAAUUUUAAAUAAAUAAUAUUCUUUCUUAGUAAUAUAAUAUGGUAAUUGAGGAGUUUCAUCUGAGAGCCCACAUUCAGAGAGUUGUAGCGUUCGACUAACAGUUAUAAAUUUAUCCUUCUGGCUAUAAUUUUUUAAAGGUCCUGCCAAAUGUUUAUGUACCCUACGUUUUCCACAGUGACCUCUCGGAGGACACUAAAUUAAUAAAAUCAGUGUAUUCAAACUUGCUAAACAUUAAUGCCUAUUCUAAUUUUACUACAGGUGCCCUGCGGGCUCACCCGCAUUAAUUUGAGGAAAAAGGUUAUAGCUGUUGGUCUCCCAAUGACUUUCUAUAUAAAAUACAAGUGCCCUGCCCUUGCUUCUCUUCGGUGUAGACGAAAAGAACCGUCCAAUAGAUAUAUCACUUAAUAGAAUAGAUUACGAUACGGUCCCGGUUUCAUAGCUUGUUUAGCUACGUUUGAAUACACGUUAGACAGAAGAGUAAGACAGUUUGAUCACAAGAAAAAUUAUUCCUUUUGAAAAAUCUAGUUUGUCACGAAGAAAAUCCCGAAAAUUUCCCUAUGUUCUGCCUUUCUUAUUAGGUACUGUAUCUUUAAUAUUAUUUCAGCCUGGAUACGGUCAACCAGGAUAU